UCCACCCAGGUUGGGUACCUCCACACUGAAAUCCACAAUAUCACAGGGUAGUCCAAAAACAGGGAAGACACUUGACAACAAGAACGAAUGAACCAACAAGAACAAAGGGAACAAUCAAAUCGAUAUGGAGCUACCGACGGGCCAGGGUAAUUGAACACAGCCAAGGACAAGACUGUCCUCACCUUCUGAUGUGCGGGAGUGUGUGUGUGUGUGGGGGGGGCUCCUCUGUCAUCGACAUUCCCAGCCAAUGGAGAAACCAGCCGGAGGAGACACUUUAACCCUGUCUCCGGAGCAGCGCGGACCAGAGCGCAGCACCUGGUGGCGCGGACACAUCUUCCCGAUCAGCACACUGGAAAGUCAUGAAGUGAAUGUUGCAGCGACAGUUUAUCCUAUGAUUGACACCAGCACUCCGACCAUGUUGGACAGAACUGAACCGGCACACUGCACCGUGUGCUGCUGUACACUGGCCAACAAAAUCCUCAUGGUGCUCUUCAUGGUGCUGCUCAUCUUCGCGAUCUUGUUUGGGAACUUGGUGACUCUGGCUGUGGUUCUCGGGACUAAACACUUCCACACGCCGCAGGGCUACCUCAAGGCGUCACUCGCUGUGGCUGAUCUGGCGGUGGGGAUAUUCGUGGUGCCGUUGUCAGUCUACGCCGAGGUCUAUCUCAUGGUGACCGACUCGGCACCGGAGUGGACUUCAUACAACUCGCAGUCGGUGAGUUUCCACCCGUGCAACAUCAUCGGCCCCAUCUUUGCGGGGUGCACCUUGGUCUCCAUCACAACCAUUUUCCUGCUGACAAUCGAGAGGAGCAUCGCCGUGUUGAGGCCUCUGCACAAAGACUCUGUGAUUACACGUAAAAGGACCACGAUCCUUAUCGUCCUCUCCUGGGUGGGGAGUUUCUUCUUGGCAGUGUCUCCGAUGGUUUUUAGCAGUGAGAUCGCUCUGGAGUACAACUCCUGCAGCCGGAUGUGUAAUUACGCACUGGGAACCAUCGGCGAGUUCCCCAGCCAGGCCUGGAACAUCCUCCUUCUCUUCCCCGCGUUUGACUUCACCCUCCUCGGUGGAACUGUGGUCAUUAACAUCAUCUCUCUGUCCAGCAUCAGACAGCAUUCAAAACGCAGGAAACACCUGGCCGAGACAGAAAGCCAAAGCACCACCAAACCUACUUUCUCUGACAUCAAAGCGGCCAAAACUAUUGGGACGUUGACUGUGGCGUUUACUGCGUCGUUCACCCCCAUCGCCGUCUUUGUGGUCGGGAACGUUUUGGGGAAUAAAUGGUGCAACUUUUCUUUUUUCGCCUUCUGGAUUUUGACCACCAACAGUUGCUGGAAUGUCAUAAUUUACAGUGUGAGGGAUCAGAAAUUCAGACUCCGAGCACACAAGCUCCUCAUGCCUUUCCAGAGAAAAAACACAACCAAAACCUAAAAAGAAAAUUCAGGUACCGAAGACUGGAUCAGGAGCAGGACUGCAUCAUUUAGAUGUUUGUUUUUCACACAAACUCUUUGUUCAGCACACAUUGUGAGUCUCGUUAAGAGACGUGUCUGCAUGUUUUGUGCAUUGCUGUUGUGAAAUUACAGCUUUUUUACAUCCUUUAAAAAGCAUGGAAAGUUUUCAGAUAAACUGAUAAUGGAUAUUAAAUGUCCCGCUUCGUGGGCAUUUGUCUUGUUUUGUUUUAACACUGCGAUUACAGAAGCUUGUUUCAGUCUGUGGAAUGGUUGUUU